AAACUAUUUUCACUCUUGAUGAGUUGAAGACUGUUGAAUGAGGUGUGAAGGUUUCUGCGCGAAAGAUGCAAUGUCUCAUAAUACUGUAUUAUUCCGGUAUCCAUGACCAACACAGUGCAGGUUUUUACCGUCGCCUGCUUUCUUGAGACAAUACCUCCAAGUUAUCCUGCUCUCGCUGGCACUAGCUAGCCAGUAGCUCGCUUCAUCUUCUUUUGGAAACAAAAGAUGACAAGCGUAACAAGGACUAAUGUUGAUGGUGACUUCUACAACGCAUUGGAUCGUUCUGACACUCCACCGUCGCUGGACGAAAUCCAAUGGAUUGUACACGCUGAUCCAGGUGUUACAACCCGUUAUGUUCUCCUUGAGGACUGCCAAACUCCUCUGUACAGAGCUUGUCUGAAGGAAAAAGUGCAUAGCCAUGUCAUUGAUUACUUGAUUGCACAAUGGCCAGACAGUGUCCGCUUGCCUGAGAAGCAUGGUGACUUGCCAAUCCAUGCUGCAUGUAAGAAUGGGCUGGACAUAUCUGUCAUCAAAGAGCUUGUGUCUCGUUUUCCAGAGUCGGUCGGGAAGAAGGGGUCUUCCUUGGGAACCCCAUUGCACUUCGCUGCUGUUGCUUCCUUGGGCACCUCAGGACCAUCCUUGGAAGUUGUUAGGUUUCUCCACGAAACGUACCCAGAAGCCAUUCAGGAGAAAGACGAGGAAGGUUCUCUUCCAAUACAUAAUGCCGCACUUGCCGCUGAUGGUAUUGGUGAACAGAAUGGAGUGGUACGCUUCAUUGCAGACGCUUAUCCUGAGAGCUUACUUGCUGAGGAUGACUGUGGUAACUUGCCACUGCAUUGUGCUUGUGGAGGCGGACUUCAGCUAUCAACUGUUCGAUUCCUCGUUGAGCUUGCACCCCAGAGUCUUCACCAUAGAAAUAAGUAUGGGGACCUUCCACUGCGUUGGGCAUUACUGAACAAGUCCGAUGCUUCAGUGCAGAUACUUGACUAUCUCAUCAGUCUGCAGCCUGACUUGCAUGAACCUGAGAUCCUGCACUGGUGUUAUGGAGACAUCAGCGCUGGCAAUCCUUUGUUGGUGGAAUAUCUGAUCCAGAAGUUCCCCCAGUGUGUGCAAGUACAAGACGAGAACGGUCAGAUUCCCCUACACAAGGUAGCUUAUUUGCCCUUCAUCAGCAAAAAGUUUGAAUUGAUGAAGCAUGCCCAUGUGACAAUGCUGGUGGAUGCUUAUCCAGAGGGGCUUUUUGUCAGAGCAAGCAAUGGACAGACACCAUUGGAAGCACUUUUGAACCGUCAAUGCUUGGAAGAAACUCGAGAGUUCAUGGAGGAGACAAUGAAAGACAUUCUCAGUGGCUCUCUCAAAAAUAGUGAAGUUGCCUUCUGAGUGCGGUUCCUGUAGAGGACUUAUGUUGGUGGCAUCACCACAUCUUGGAAGACUCGGAGGGCGCUGUGCGGGGAUUGCUAGACUAUUUCAUAUGUAUAAGGAUUGUUCAUGGUCUUUUUCACUGUGUGUGUGGCGAAGCUAGAUUCAACUUGAGCCUACUACUAGUACGGCUGCAUUAUUAAAGUUAGGUUCUGCUAGCUCAGCACAACUAGCUCCACUUUGCACUCCUUUUCGUUCUUCGUGCUGACAGUGAGGUUACGACUCCUCUAGCGGUGCGCUAUCUCCACCGGCACCAGCAGGACUAGUGCCGCCAUUCGUAACAAAUUUCAGCGUAUCCUCCACGUUCGGUGUACGGAUUCCUUGCUUGGCAAAGAACUGACGUACGCUUUGCAGAUCACCGCGCAAGAGAUCAAUGGCAUCAGGGUGUUUUGAAUCAACGGUGUGCCCAAAAUCUAUCAAAACAGCCGUAUCAGCUUCGUACUCUUUGCUGUCACUGGUCAAUGUGAGGUCGAUGAGGUAUCGAGGUACAACAAGGAUGUUGGUUUCGUUGAGGCUCCCGUGCACAAGCAUGGCAGUGGUGUAUAAACUGAAACACAAGACAAAAAGUGAGGUUUUCAGUGUAUGUGUUAACGCUAGAUUGAGAUUGAGGUGCUCAAUACUCACCGUCGUAUCGCCUCUACAAUCUGUUUGUAGAGAGUCUUCCAAAGUUUGUUGUUCCGGCGAAGGUCCAACUCCCCCAAUUGGGGUGCUGGCCUUCCAUCAGUUCCCAUGAAUUGCAUGAACAAGAUAUUGUUCUUUGUGAAGAUUGGCGCCGGUGAUGGGAUGCCAAAUUUUCUCGCUUUCUGUAGGUUCCGGAAUUCCUUGAUAGUCCAGAGCUCCAACUGUCUUUCACUGCUAAUGUUUUGAAACUGUGGCAGAUCACGUUGGCUGUCAUCCCCCAUGUCGCCGCCGCCUCGUUUGUAGACCUUCACUGCAACAUCGAACCCAUUACUCUUGGGUCCCUUCUCCGCGUAGUAAAUUGUGGCUUCCUUGCCGGUUCUCACCACACCGUGGAGCUGGCUGAUAAUACCUUUGCCAAUUGCACGUUGAAUCUGAAUUCGGGUGUCGGCAUCCAUCUCUCUCGAGGCCGG